GUUAUGAGCUGGACAGCAUUCAUGAAUCUUGCGAUCCAGUGGAAGCUGUAAGGAAAUCUGAAGCAAUAUUUAUUGGAGGUGGGAACACAUUCCGUCUCCUGAAAGCUCUUUACGACAACAGCCUGAUACAGGAGAUCAGGAAAAGAGUUCUUGAGGAUGGGAUUCCUUACAUGGGAUCCAGCGCAGGAACUAAUGUUGCUACCAUCAGCAUCAAUACCACCAAUGACAUGCCAAUUGUUUAUCCACCUUCCCUGAAGGCCCUAGGUUUAGUUCCUUUUAAUAUUAACCCUCACUACCUGGACCCAGAUGUUAAAAGCACUCACAUGGGUGAGACAAGAGAGGAAAGAAUCCGCCAAUAUCAUGAAGAGCCAAACACCCCUCCAGUUCUGGGCUUGCGGGAAGGUGCGAUGCUGCUAGUGGAAGGAGAUAAAGCCACACUGCAAGGAGUGACAGGAGCACGUCUGUUUUUGAGGGGUAAGAAACCAACUGAACACGAGCCUGGAACAGAUUUCAGUUUCCUCCUGACUGACAGUAACCUCCUGAAUCUGUAGCCUUCCAUAUUCUGCAGCAAAAGAUAAUGAGGAAGAAGAGAUGCUUCCUGUCCCAGGGUGGGAGGGAAACCUUAUCUUUAUAAAUAAAUAUGCUUUAGUAGGCUCUUUUCCUCACCUUAAUUCAUAUCUUGGACAUCUCCUUCCCAGCAGAAAGACAUUUUUAUUGGAAUACUUGAGUAAUCACAGCUAUUCAAAGUCUGAAGAUGUCUGUACAUUCAUGUAUCCACUUUGAUUUCUCCUCCACCACAAACAUUUAUUUAACACAAGUAAGACAGGACACUGAGUCAGCUGUUCCUGCUGCUUAGCUUUACCUGCUAAAUGGAAGAGUUGUUCAUUUAUUGUACUCCCAUGCUUAAGUUUCAGUGUUGUCUAUUAAUAAAGGGAGAGGUUAUGCAU